CAACCGCUCAUAAUCGGAUUGUUAGAUCGCGAUGGUCGUUAAGGUGGGCGUGGCUGACCCGGAGCUCACGUCCGUGGCGCUGUACACGUCGCUGCCAUGGCCCAUGCGGCUGGAUCUACUACCAUUCACCUUCCUCUACGUCACUGCCGUGUAUCUGUACACUGUACGACCCGAAGACGACGUUGUUCCUUGGGUUUUCGGAGCCUUCAGCGUCUUCUGGCAUGCACUAGCGGUGCUGAGCGCCGAGUGGAGCGUCGACGUGCGAUGCUGGAUGACAUGCACUAGGUUAAUAACCGUGGUGCAGGAUGAGCGCUUCAAAAUGCUCGCUAAGGUGGAACCGUCGCUCACAAUGCUGUCCAAGCAGCUCUGCGAGUGCCACUUCAUGUCCAAGGACAAAACGAAGGGCACAAAGGGGCUGACGCUCUGGUUUUCGUUCCAGAAUCUUAAGUUCUGUCUAUAUGAGGAUGUGGAGACCAUCAAUCGCAGCGGUGAGAGCCAAUUCCGUCGUUUAGACUUCCCAUCUAAUGCCACACUUGAAUCCUAUCUGAAGAGUGAAGGUAUCAAGUCCAAGGAGGAGCUGCAACAGGCGAAAGACAAGUGGGGGAAGAACGACUUCGAAUUGCCCGUGCCCAAGUUCUAUGAGCUGUUGAAAGAGCAACUGGUCGCUCCAUUCUUCGUGUUCCAGUUCUUCUGCAUGCUCCUCUGGUGUCUUGACGAGUACAUGUACUACUCGCUAAUGACUCUGCUCAUGCUCGUGAUCUUCGAGUGCACAGUAGUCAAGCAACGCCAGCAAAACAUGAGCACAUUGCUGCACAUGCGACGAGCUCCUCAGCCAUGUCUGGUCUAUCGACAGAGUAAGUGGACUCAGGUCUCAAGUGACGAGCUGGUACCCGGUGAUAUCUGCUCUAUUGGCCACAAUGAACGCGACACUGUUGUCCCGUGCGACCUGUUGCUACUGCGUGGAAACUGCGUCGUCAACGAGUCAAUGCUGUCCGGUGAAUCUGUCCCAUUACGCAAGGAAGCGGUAGGGGCGUCGAUUGUGAAUGAUGCAGAGCAGCUCAAGAAUCUCGAGAUUGACGACGGAUCUAGUAUGAAGCACAAACGCCACGUAUUGUAUGGAGGCACCAAGGUUCUCCAGCACUCAACUCCGUCUUCAAAGGACUCGCUACGUGUAUCUUCUCCCCCUGAUGGAGGCUGUGUUGGAUUCGUGCUCAAAACGGGAUUUGGCACAACACAAGGAAGUUUGAUGCGUACUAUUUUGUACUCGUCGCAGCGUGUUACUGCGAACAAUUCGGAGGCGAUGUGGUUUAUCGUUCUACUGCUCAACUUUGCUGUGGCUGCAGCAGCGUUUGUGCUUUCUCAAGGGAUCAACGACCCGACUCGCAACCAAUUCAAGCUAUUCCUACACUGUGUUAUGAUUAUCACGUCAGUGGUACCGCCGGAGCUCCCCAUGGAGCUGUCACUGGCAGUGACCAACUCGCUGAUCGCGUUGACGAAGAGUAAUAUCUUCUGUACUGAGCCGUUUCGGAUCCCUUUUGCUGGUCGUAUCGAUGUCUGCUGCUUCGACAAGACUGGAACUCUAACCAGUGAUGAGCUUAAGUUACAUGGCGUAGCAGGGUUGGAAGCCCACGUGGAGCCUGACAAGUACAGAGGGAAACGUGGCGGUGAGCUGGAUAUCAUCGCUCCUGAGCAACUUCCUCUUGACACCGAGCUGGUGCUUGCAGGAUGUCAGUCAUUGGUCCUGCUGAAUGGCCAGGUAGCAGGAGAUCCGCUUGAGAUGACUGCUGUUCGGAACAUUAAUUGGUGCUUGACAAGCAACGAAGGCAGAGCGCAGGGUCUUCCAAGUGUCCAACCGUCGUUUUUCUCGGAUCGUCGAGGUGAAAUCCAGGCGGUGGAUAUUGUUCACAGCUUUUCUUUUUCCUCUGAGCUGAAGCGCAUGACUACCAUUGUGUGUGUUCGGAAAGCUGAUAAUGACGAGCAAGACGAGCAGCGUGUACUUACGAAAGGUGCACCGGAGGUACUCGAGUCCGUCUUUAUUAACAAACCUUCGUAUUAUCGCCGUGUGUACCGCCAUUAUGCAUCCAAGGGAUGCCGCGUCUUGGCAUUGGGCUUUCGUGUACUCUCUGGAGAGCUUUCUACGGAUCAACUGCGGCGCAAACCGCGUGAUGAACUGGAAAGUGAGUUGACGUUUGCGGGUUUUCUGGUUCUUGACUGUCCACUGAAGGAUGACACGAAGCGAACGAUUCGGGAGCUGAUGAUUUCGAAACACAAGGUUACUAUGGUUACAGGAGAUAACCCUCUCACGGCGUGCGAUGUAGCUCGGCAAGUGGGGAUCAAUGCAGGGUAUUCCAAGCAACCAUUAGUCUUGACGCCUAAUGCGGAGUCAGGGUCUGUGGAGUGGAAAUCCAUUGACGAUGGAUCGCCUGAUGUCGAGGAUGAAACGAUCCCUUUUAACGUCGAUGAAGUGGAGAAAAUGCAGGUGCAAUAUGAUCUGUGUGUGACGGGAGAAGCUCUGUCAACGCUUUAUAAGCAGCAAGAGGACAAGUGCGACGGCAAUGCGGCUGUCCUGGAAGGGUUCCUUGCUGUGCUUGAGAAGAUGUGUCUCUGCGCCACCGUAUUUGCUCGAACGUCACCUCAGCAGAAGGAACACCUGAUCAUGGCAAUGAAUCGUUGUGGAAAGACAACAGCCAUGUGUGGUGACGGUACGAACGAUGUGGGUGCCUUGAAGCAAGCUCACAUCGGCAUCUCGAUUGUGAACUCGUCUAGCUCGGAGAAUACGCCUCAUGUCGUUGAUUCUGGAAGAGGCUCUGGCAGUGCAGGCCAGAGCGGCCUUCGUAAUCGACGACAAGCUGGACACCGGUCGGUGCGAGAAAUGCAGCAGUCAUUGUCUAGCAGUGAUGAUGCGCAGAUUGUGCGAUUGGGAGACGCCUCUAUUGCAUCGCCGUUCACAUCGAAGAGCUCAAGUAUCCGGGUGAUUAAGAGACUGAUCCGCCAGGGACGAUGCACUCUGGUCACUACCAUCCAGAUGUACAAGAUCUUGGGAAUCAACUGUCUUAUCACAGCGUACUAUUUGAGCUCUCUCUUCAUUCAUGGAGUGAAGAACGGUGAUCAACAACUCACAAUAUCGGGGCUGUCGAUCGCCAUGUUCUUUUUGUUCCUAUCACGGGCAAAACCCGCGCGUAAGCUCUCACACCAGCGUCCACCGUCCGGCGUGUUCUGCAUGUCUGUGAUGGUGUCGAUCUUUGGUCAAUUUGUCAUUCACUUGGCUUUUCUGGCGGCUGCUCUUCACGUGGCCCAACCUUUCAUCGAGCCUGGAGACCCAGCGAUGCACCCGGAUGGAAAUUUCACCCCGAAUGUGGUCAACAGCAUCAUGUUCCUCAUGUCGUCGAUCAUGCAAGUGAACACCUUUGUGGCCAACUAUCGGGGACAACCGUUCAUGGAAGGAUUCUGGGAGAAUAAGCUCUUUUGUCGCAGCGCGCUUUUCAAUUACGCUGUGCUAGCAGCAGUUAUUUCAGAGAUUUUCACGCCUAUCAACGCUAUGCUGGAGUUGGUGGCAAUGCCGAACCAAGAGACGCAACUCGUCGUUGCGGCUCUAAUGACAGGUGAUACUAUCGUGACUUUGGCAUUCGAGUACGCAGUCCAGAUGAUAGUUUUCGUUUCGACAUGACUUUGAUCACAAUUAGAGAACACACUCUUGAAACAAAGUUGAACAUUUGCAGUUGUUCUGUUGAUGA